UUUCCAUUCUCAUCCAUCCAGCAGCCAUAACAUAGAUCCAAUCCUCUCCUUCAUCUCCUCCAUCUAUCUCUCUAGGCUAGGGUAUAAUCCAUUAGUCACUUAUCACAACCCUAACCCUUACCAACAUCUCUAAGCCAUCACUGUUCAAUUCACUCCUUUUGACUGACAAUUCUUUCUUUCUGGUUAAGGUUAGAUCAGAAGAAUCCUUUUGAUUUUUCCAUCCACCAGACUUGAUGAGAAAGAUCAGCCAACCAGGAUGCUCCUGCUUGCUGUUAGAAAGGGGGAUUCUUGAAUUUCCGGCCAUUGAGCUAGCUCAGCUAGCUAGAAGUUAAAGUUUAAUUUGUUUAUAGAACUCUUGAUCAUAUCGCCGGCGAAAUGGAUCCGCUCACAUCUCAUCAUGGCCGCCGUCCUUUGACGCCGCCUUUCUAUAACAGUAGGGACGUCCAGCAGCAGCAGUUCCACCACCAACUACUACCGGAGUCAGACGACGGAGGCGACCGUCAGACUGCCCAGAAGUCAGAUCGCGAUGAUGACAUCACUGCGACGUCCACGACUAACAAUAGCACUACUUCUAAUGAUUUUGAGGGGAGGCAAGCUUUGGUCCUCUCCGCCGGCACCGGAGAUCAUCAGGCGGCGGGGAGGAAGCCGAGAGGAAGGCCGGCCGGGUCUAAGAAUAAGCCUAAGCCGCCGAUCAUCAUCACGCGCGACAGCGCCAACGCUCUCCGGUCGCACGUGAUGGAAAUUACCAACGGCUGCGACAUCCAAGAAAGCAUCACCAACUUCGCCACGCGGCGGCAGAGAGGUGUCAGUGUUCUGAGCGGCAGCGGGAGCGUCGCCAACGUAACUCUCCGUCAACCGGCGGCCUCUCCGGGAGGCCCCGUCGUCACUUUGCGCGGGAGAUUCGAGAUUCUUUCCCUCUCGGGCUCAUACUUGCCCCCGCCCGCUCCGCCCGCUGCGUCGGGGCUAACAAUUUACCUCGCCGGAGGUCAAGGGCAAGUCGUCGGCGGGAGCGUCGUGGGGCCGUUAAUGGCCUCCGGUCAGGUGACGAUCAUCGCCGCAUCUUUCGGGAAUGCGGCAUACGAGAGGCUCCCGAUAGAAGACGACGAGUCCCCCGCACUUCACGGGAACGAAGAAUUGGGGGGCGGGGGCGGCGGAAUGGGUGGUUUCCGGCAACAUCCGCCGCAGAUAAUGGUGUCUUCGGAUGAAACAAUGCUCCAAGGUUUGCCUUCCAACCUUAUAGGUUCAUAUCCGGCUGAGGCCUAUUGGGGCCGCGGAAAUACUCGGCCUCCUUAUUGACAAAUUUUGGUAAUUCCAAAUACAUAAUAAUAAUAAUGUUGAUUAUUUCUACAUAUAUGGACAUAAUAAUUGGAGCAACUUCUUAGCUCCUGUUUUAAUUUUUGUAUUUUUCCCAUAUCUAUCUUUUUCAGUUUAAUUUGAUUAUGGUCGUCAUUUCAGCUCAGUUUAAUUUGGUAAAUUUUUAGACUGGCGUUUAUGUGUAUCAAUUUUCUAUUACUUUUAAGUUUUCAGUUUUGAAUAAUGUAAUCCAGAAAAUAAAAAGCUCUGGUAAAGUGAAAUUUGGGGUGUCCCAAAAAAAUAAAUAAUCCAAUCAUAUAUUCAAGUUUUCAU